AUGACUAUUGCGACUUCUGACACCGAAACUCAAGCUACCGAACUCAAACAGGUUUUCGCUCAAGCUGGGCAGUCUCACUUAUUUCAGUUCUACAAUGAGUUAUCCACUGAAGAGAGAGAGCAACUUUUGCAUGAUGCCAGUGAGAUAUCAAGUCCUUCAAAGUUGAUUAAUUCUGUUAAAGAUGCUUUGGAGCUUUUAAACGCCAAUUCCUCUUCCACUGAUGAUUCAGCCUUUUACCAGCUACCUAAUGACAACUUUUAUUCUCUAUUGAAAGAUGACGAUAAGAACUCUUUAUCCGAUGACGAGAAAACUAAAUAUUACAACAAAGGUCUUGAAUUGAUUAAGCAAAAUAAAGUUGGUAUUAUUUUAAUGGCUGGUGGUCAAGGAACAAGACUAGGCUCUUCAUCCCCAAAGGGCACUUUUAGAAUUACCAUUCCUUCAAACAAUUCCUUAUUUGAGCUACAAGCUAAAAGAAUCAAAGCUUUACAAAAAAUCAGUGGUGGUGAUACUUCUGUUUUACCUUGGUAUAUUAUGACUUCCGAACCAACAAGAGCCCCAACCGAGAAUUUUUUUAAAGAGAAUAAUUACUUUGGCUUAAACCCUCAAAAUGUGAUUUUUUUCAAUCAAGGUACUUUGCCCUGUUUUAACCUUAAAGGCGAUAAAAUUUUAUUGAGCUCAAAAUCUUCAAUUGCAAAAUCCCCCGAUGGAAAUGGAGGUCUAUACAAAGCAAUUUAUGAUAACAACCUAUUAGAUGAUUUCAAAAAAAGAAACCUAAAACACAUCCACAUGUAUUGUGUUGAUAACUGUUUAGUCAAGGUCGCUGAUCCCUUAUUUAUUGGUCUUGCUGUAGAAAAAAAAUGGGAUUUAGCCACAAAAGUUGUUAGGAAAACUGAUCCCAAUGAAUCUGUUGGGUUAAUCAUCUCAAAAAACCAUAAACCAGCUGUAAUUGAGUAUAGUGAAAUCUCCUCUCAGCUAGCUAAUAAGAAAGAUCCUGCAAAUGACUCCUUAUUAUACUUACGUGCUGCUAACAUCGUUAACCACUUUUACUCGGUUGAUCUUUUAUCCAACAUGAUUCCAUCUUGGAUAAAUUCCAGAAAGUAUCUACCUUAUCACAUUGCUAAAAAGAAGAUUCCUUAUUUCGAUACUGCCUCAAACCAACUAAUCAAACCAACUUCUUCAAAUGGUAUUAAAUUGGAACAGUUUAUUUUUGAUAUUUUUGAAAGUAUCAGUCUAGAAAAAUUUGGUUGUCUCGAGGUAAAAAGAGAGGAGGAAUUUUCUCCUUUGAAAAAUGCUUCUGGAGCCAAAUCAGAUACUCCAGAAACAAGUGCUUCUCACUUGUUAGCUUUACAUACUAAAUGGUUGAAGGAAAACGGUGCGAUAAUUAAAGAUGGUGCUAAAAUUGAACUUGAUGGUUUGAUUUCAUAUUCUGGCGAAGGCUUGCAAUUCGUCAAAGGAAAACUUUUUAACAAUGGUGAUUAUAUAAAAUAG